AUGACCGUGGCGCAAGUUCCUAAAUACAGACUGAUCGGCGAUCAUGAGUUUGGUGAGGCCAUCGCAAGAUUGAGAGCAAACACGCUUCGAUUUUUAUGGUACUCCCUGCUAGCUGCACUCCUGUUGUUGGUGGCCUUUGCUGCGGGGAGAUACCAGGCCCCUCCCGUAGUUCCCUUGGCAACCAAGCCCUCCGUAUUUGAAUACAACAGUUCAUUCCAGGACGAAAGAUCUCCCCUGACCAACGAACUGUGGGAGGGACUCUUCCCCAAACGCAAGGGCUUCUUUCAGCACCCGACCAUUGCUGAUCACCGAUCGGCGUUUGCUGUGUAUCACCAGCUACACUGCCUGAACAGCAUCCGACAGGGCUACUGGGGCUUGUACGACAUGGCAGCAGCCAGGGGCCAGAAAAAGCUCAGCAGUGACGAUGAUGAUCUUCCCCACAUGCUCUCACCGCACCACAUCCGUCAUUGCCUCGAACUACUCCGGUUGGCGUUAAUGUGCCAGCCCGACCUGACUGUGGAGCUCAAGAACGAAACCCUGGGUGGAGUGACGGGAUUUGGGUCCGAGCACCAGUGCAAAAGCUGGGCGGAUCUGUCUCAAUGGAUGGCUCAGUGGGAGUCCUUUGGACUAUGA